GUCGGAGUGGGAGCUUCCGUAUAUAAACACCGUAGCAACUGACUUGGCGUCACAGCACAGCCAUUCAGUCCACGCGGAGCACCCGAGCCUGUGCGAGAACAGCUGCUCAGUACUCUUGAAUGGUGGGUCGAUUUGAACCGACGGGGUGUGUUUGCUGAACACGGAGUGCUCGUUGGGAUAACGGCUUAACUGCAGUGGGAGUUGGUGCAGUCGGAUAGUGAUCUUUAAUUUGUUUAUUGUGUGAGAAAUCUGAGCCCGGCUCACCAGUCACCAUGACGAAAGAAGAGGCUGUCACAGAGGAGGUUAAGACAGAGACCAAGACCGAGACAACCACAGACACACCUGCAAAAGAAGGUGCAUCCCCCGAGGCAUCCACAACUAAGCCAGCAGAGGGCGAGGCAGCGGGCACAAGCGAUGGAGGCUCAGGUGGCGGCGAGGGAGGUGAGGCACCCAAGGAAGCACAAGAGUCUAAAGAGGCUGACUUCAAGUCGUCCAAGAAGCGGAAGUGGUUCUGGCGCAAGAGGGACGACCAGAGGGCAGCGGAGCAAGCAGCGGGGGCUCAGGAGGGGCCAAACAGUGGUACUGAAGACAAAGAAGCGGUCGCGGAGAAAGAGCAGAGCGAGGCCGAGCUGGAGUCCGAAAUCCUGAGGCAAGUGAAGGAGCUGGAGAUCGAGAAGGAGAAACUCAAAGUGCGGAUUGACGUCUACAAAAAGUAUGACUCACUUAGGAGGGACGUCGGAGACAUGAACCUCGAACUACAAGACUUCAUCAACAAACACCGGAACAACCAGAGCAAGGCCGACUCAGAAGGCAGUGGAGCAGCCAAACCCACCGCACAGUAACCACCCUUCAGCCACAUCUCAUCUCCCAAAAAUGAAAACAACAAAAUGAACUGUUGUCACUUGUACUAAGUACAAUUCAUUAUGUAAAUUUGAAAAGAAAAAAAUCUGUAGAAAGCCUGCCUGAUGCAGACCAGAAAUAGCCAAGCCAGCAUGUGUAAAACACACAUCAAGCUUUCCUUCUCGUCGAUAUUCUACCCGGAACUGUUCAAAAUAACCUUUUUGUAUAAUGGUUCGAGAACUACUUCCUUUCAAUAGUUAGUGAAACAGUAGACAUUGUAGGUUUUAGAUGGUAGUCUUACAUGUCAUCGUACUUUGAAACGAAGAGGCGGAAGUGAUUUGACUUUUGACCCGGGGGUGAAGAGGGUCACUGAGAAGCGAUCGAUGAUAUGAUCGACAAUCAUGCGGGAAGUCGUCGCUUUGGAGGAUCCGCUUUGUAGUAGGUGGCUUGAUAUCCAUUCCCUUUUCUCCAUCUCGUACAAAAGACUUUAGUUGUACCACUUGGGGGCGCUUCUAGGCCUGCGACUAUUUUUAGCCUCGAUAUGACUCAAUACUGUGGCAUAUAAUAUCCGCACCGUCCGAUGAAGGCCCACGAGUUUACCCUCAAGACUCCUACGAAGCAGCUACACUUGGUAAUGACUGAAAUCCCGGAUUCCCCUACCCCCUAUAAAACGAAGUAGCAAACCAUUGUGGCACGAAAGUGGGUGACCAAGCACUCAAAAAAUAUAAGAUUGAUGAAUCAGGCCCACUAAGGCGUCGAUAUACCAUGCUUAGAAAUUAAAACAACGCGCGCAUGUGCAAAGAUUAAAGGAAAAGCUGAUGUCCUGUGAGAGGUUGAUCACCAAGAAAAGAGAAACUUUUGCCAGUGUUUUUAUUGUACUUGUGCGAUUUUUUAUUAACUCCAUCGAAGAUGUUUGAAAAUGUGAAAUUCAUAUGACGUAAGUCAAAAGACGUAGAUAGAUGUAGAGGGGAGAGAGACAUGAAACAGUUAUAAAUAGUGCUGUAAAUAGCUUAAUUCAUUCACUAUAAGAACAAGAAAUUUAUGAGACAUGUUUAUGCCACAUGAAGAAAAUAAUUAACAUUUCUGUUUGGUAGCCCGAUGUCUUUAUUAACAUUUUUUUCACAACCUGAAAGAUUUUUUUCUGAAAUUGCAUAGAUACAUUUUCCUGUCUCUUUGGUUGUAUAAUAGAUGUAGGAAUGAUCAUGUUACUUUUGCUUCCGCUUUCUUUAAAGUUCAGUAGAUUUAGAGCAACGCAGAUUAAAAUUUUAAUCUAAACAAACGUUAGCAAGUACAUACAUUAAAAUUUCUACACUGAAAAAGAUCUCUUGGUGCUGAUUAUCUUUUCACCAAUAAAAAAGCAAUUACAUCAUGAAAUGUAUAAAUCUAUCUUUAUCUAUUUUCCGCCAUUAAUGUAAAAAUAACUUGCACGACUCCUUUAUUCGGAUAUUUGUAAUGCUUCUAAAAUCUUUGUCCGCAAAAUGCAGUCCUGACAUAAAUUGAUUUCAUAAAAAUUGGAUUGAUUUUGCUGUCCUUUUCACUGAUCAGUUGGCAGUUGUAAGGGUUGUUCAAUAAAUAAUCGUUUCACUUUAA